CAAGGAAAGAAGAAAAAUGCACUGGGAGACAUCCCUGUCGGUGCCCUCCCACAGACUAAGCACAUGAACUUUUAAUCUAAAUGCCUGCCUUUCCGUUCCCCUCUUUGGCUUUAUUAGAACAUGUGUACAGAAAGUUGCUAAUGUGUUUCAAUUUAGGCCUACUGCAAAGGGGCGAAGCAGGGCCCUGAGGGGGCUCCAGAGAGUGAGACUGCAGAGAAGUGACGCCCUGCCUGUAUCCAGAUGUUUCAUGUUUCCCUCGGCGCGCUCUCUGGAGAGGUCUGACCGCCGUGGAGGAGCGCUGGGAAGUGGCGAGCCUGCAAGUCUCGUCUGUGGCAACAGAUUAAAAUGACAACGGGCCGCAGAACCUUCAUAUAAACUGUUUGGAUUUUGAUCCAUGCCAUUGGUCCUGAAGCAUGGAAAGCAGCAAACUGAGGACGUCGCCGCCGCCGCUGCUGCUGCUGCUCUACUUGCCUUUGCUUUGGUCCCUCGAGAUGCCUCUGCACGGACGCUCUGCCUCGAACCAGGAGAAUGCGAUUGACCUUCUGGCAGCUCUAAACUUAUCUCAGCACCGAAGUGGUGUUUCUAGACUGCACAGUCCAAGUGGCGUAACGUAUAAAAUACGUUCCAGAGCAGCGUACCUGAUCCUUUCCCAGGAACACUCCACAUUCCUGCACUCCAACUUUCACGGCAGCAUUGGCGUGCAUCUGGUUGGACGCCAGGCCUCCGGAUCCAGGGCUACCCUCUUUUCUCUCUCCUCAGCAUCCUCGCCUAUCCUCCAAAUCAUCUCCUCCACCGUCAAUAACUCUCUGCGGUUGGACUUCCACUCUGCUGGAGUAUCGCGCGCCAGCUUUCAUUUUCCAAGGGGAAACCCCGUCGCUCAGGGUGAAUGGGUAGAGCUGGCCGUGAGCCUGGAGCCGGACAGAUUGGUGUUUUAUGCCGAUUGCCAAGACGCUGUAGUCACGGGAAUAAAAAGUGAAGACAGGAUCGAUUUGGACGUUCCGCAUGACGUCGUCAUCGCUCUUGGAAGCACACCAGGGAGACAAGACAGCAAAUUUAACGGAUAUCUGAAGAAAGCAGAAUUAUCACUGAAAGCAUACACGAGGCGUCCGUGGCACUGUGACAACAUUACGGAUGACCUGCCCCUGUCUCAUUACAAAGACACACAUGGUCCAAAUUUCCCGGCUGACACCAGUCAAACGUUCCACCGUGAUGCUCCACCCAGUAAACAUCAAACGGACCGCAGGCCGCAGGAGCAAUCUGACGAGCAUCCCAAGGAUGUCCAGGGAGACCAUCAGCAGAGGGCCGCGGUGCUGGGGCCUCCAGGAUCUCCUCACGGGGUUCAGUCUGUCUCUCAGGAGCAGACAACCCUCAGCUUGGACAGGAGACUGGAGGAGUUGGCUCGUAUGCUAGACAUGGUCAAAGCUCAGAACGCAGAUCUACAAUCCCGUGUGAAAUACCUCGAAGAAUGUGAGUGCGUGAGGCGACAGUGCGUGUGGGAGGGACGCAGGAUGGAGGAAGGCGAGCGCUGGCAGACCGACCACGACACCGCGUGCUUGUGUUCAUCUGGAAAGGUCACGUGCGAACCCCUCAGCAGAAAUCAAGGCUGUGAGCCGGACCCUGUGGUUCACAACGUCUCCUAUGAAGUUCUAGAUGGCUGCCAGACAUGCGGGUGUAAGGGAGGUGACAGGGAGUGCCCCUCACCGCCAUGCCCCUCAGUAGACGGCGCAGUGCAGGAGACGGUACCUGACGACUGUUGCCAACAAUGCAGAGGUUGUACCCAUUCUGGUGUCGGCUAUGAUCAUGGAGCCAAAUGGAGGUCAGCCGAGAAUCCCUGUGAAGUGUGCUCUUGUUUGGAGGGUCACGUUCGCUGUGAGAGGGAGCAGUGCAGCGCCCCCUGCCAACACCCUGCUGCCCCUCCCCCUGGUAGCUGCUGUCCAGUUUGUCAAGGCUGUGGUGUAAAUGGACGUGACUUCCCUAAUGGAGCUGUGAUUCCUACUGGAGACAGCUGUCAGGAGUGUUCAUGUGUGAAUGGAAAUGUCGUGUGCACAGAACUUCGGUGCCCCGCCUUGUCUUGUCGCAGCCCCGUGCAUCGUGCUGGUGACUGUUGCCCUCGAUGCGAAGAGUGUGAAUAUGAGUCAGAGGUCUAUGUGAAUGGUCAGAAGUUCUCAUCAUUGACCGACCCCUGCCUGCACUGCCGCUGCUCUGAAGGCCAGGUGUCUUGUGAGCGAAUGGAGGCCUCUUGUCCCACACUGCAGUGCAGUCAUCCAGCUAAGAGGAAAGGAGAAUGCUGUCCCACGUGCAAAGAGUGUGAGUUUGACAGGAGAGUGUAUGCUGAUGGAAACGUGUUUGUUCCCCCUGGGAAUGGACCGUGCCUGCAGUGCAGGUGUAAGGCUGGGAAUGUAGCUUGUUAUGAAGAAAAAUGCUCUCCUGUCCGGUGCUCCAAUCCAGUCAUUGAUCCUCAUCUGUGUUGUCCAGUCUGCAAGGCAUGUGUGCACGAGGGAGUUGAAUAUGAAGACAGCUCCACUUGGCAACCAGACGGUCCGUGCUCCAGUUGCACCUGCGUGAAUGGGGAGACCGUAUGCGCACCCGUGCAAUGCCCACCCACUGAGUGUUUGCAUCCCACCAAGAUCACAGGUUCCUGCUGUGAAAUAUGUGAUAGCUGCACCUACAACCAUCGGAUUUACAGCAACGGACAGAGAUUUACGACCCCCGACCAGCCCUGCCACUUAUGCAGCUGUUUGAGCGGUAACGUUCACUGUGAGAGACGAUCCUGUCCUCCACUAAACUGCACCAAUUCCUACACCCCUCCCGGAGAGUGCUGUCCCAAAUGUCCAGACUGCUCCCUCGACAACCGUGUGUUUGUGAAUGGAGAGGCUAUUCCUAACCCUGUGAGUGAGUGUGAGGAGUGUACGUGUGUGAGCGGAAGGGUGGACUGCCAUCAAACGCACUGCCCCCAUCCUCGAUGUAAUGCCCCUGUGCCUGGACCGUGCUGCCAGAAUAACUGCAAUGGCUGCAGCUAUGCUGGGAAAGAGUAUCCCAAUGGAGAGGACUUUCCUCAUCCGACAGAUCAAUGCAGGACAUGCAGCUGCGUGAAUGGGAAUGUCCAAUGUCUAAUGAGGAGGUGUCCACCAUUGCAAUGCUCUAAUCCUAACAUGAUCCCUGGAGACUGCUGCCCCCAGUGUCCAGACCCUCCAUCAGAUUGCAUAUUAGAGCAAAGGUCCUACAGACACACUGAGCGUUUCCACCACCCGGCUGACAGCUGCCAAACGUGCGCCUGCAACGACGGGACGGUCCGCUGUCACCGUAAACCCUGCCCCUUCGCCGCCUGCUCUCACCCCAUCACGCAGGACUGCUGCCGCACCUGCGAAGGCUGCUUAUACCAGGAUCGAGAGCGAGCCAACGGAGAGACGUGGGAUGAUCCCUCAGACCCGUGCGCUGUCUGCGUUUGUCGCCAAGGUUCUGUGCAGUGUGAGAGGAAACGUUGUCCACCGUCCAACUGCAACCAUCCAGUCAGGAGGGAUUGCUGCAUGUCGUGUGAGGGAUGUACAUUUAAUGGUAAAGAAUAUCCGGAUGGCACCGAGUUUGCUGAUGGCCAAGACCCGUGCGGUGUGUGUUACUGCUAUGGAGGAGAUAUCACCUGCACCAAGUUACCCUGUUACGGAGAUUGUAGCCACCCGUACAAACCACCUGGGCAAUGCUGUGGAGAAUGUGAACGUUGCUUCUAUAACAGUAUGGUCCUUGAUAACGGACAAUCCAUUGCUGACCCAGGAAACCCUUGCUCUGAAUGUACAUGCCAGAGUGGUACGGUGAGAUGUUCGAAGAAGCCAUGUCCAGCGGUUCUCUGUGCUUAUCCAGUCACCAGCCCAUGCGGAUGCCCCAUCUGUGACGGUUGUCAUUACGAGGGCGUUACGUACUCUGACAAGCAGAGUUUCCCAGGGGGAGCACAAGGCUGCCAGGACUGCACAUGCUCAAGAGGGGAGGUAGUGUGCACUUCCCGAAGAUGCCCUUCUCCACAAUGUGCACACCCGGCGCUGGAUGGCUGUGCAUGUGGAGUGUGUGACGGAUGUAGCUUCAAUGGGCGGGACUGUCAAAAUGGAGAGCGAUUCUCCCAUCCUGAAGACCCCUGUCAGACCUGCUCCUGUCUGAACGGUGGUGUGGUGUGCGCCCAAGUCUCGUGUCCUAGCGUUGCUUGCAGGCACCCAGUGAUGCUUCCAGGGGGGUGCUGCCCUGUCUGCACGGGAAGGUGUUUCCAUCAGGGUGCAGAGUAUCAGUCCGGCUCCACCUUCACGUCACCCUCUGAUCCCUGCUCGACAUGUUCCUGUCUGAAUGAAGUGGUGACCUGUCAGAGGAGAUCCUGUCCAGUUCAAUGCUUGCAUCCCACCCGUUCUGAUGCUUGUUGUCCUGUUUGUGAUUCCUGCCUCUAUGAGGGCGUUGAGCAUCUUCAUGGUCACACCUUCCAAUCCCUAUCCAAUCCCUGUGAGCGCUGCACUUGUGUCAGAGGAACAGUUUCCUGUGUCUCUCCCAGCUGUCCGUCAACACCGUGCGAUAACCCAGUUAUCCAGCCAGGAAGGUGUUGCCCUGAGUGCACAGAGUGCGUGGUUAAUGGACACAAGUAUAAUGAUGGACAGACAAUGACCCUAAGUUCAAACACCUGCUCCACCUGCACUUGCCAGAAAGGUACGGUGCAGUGUGAACCUCAGGAGUGUCCCGAGCUGCCCUGCCCUCACCUGGUGACAGAUGCAGGUUCCUGCUGUCCCCACUGUAGAGGUUGUGUCUACGAUGGAGAGGAACAUCCAGAAGGCAGCAGCUGGUUUGCAGAUUCCACCCCGUGCAUGACUUGUACGUGUGUAAAUGGGGUGACUACCUGCUCUGAAGUGCGUUGUGCAUCUCCGUGUGCCAACUUACGUACGGUGCCCGGGGAGUGCUGCCCAGUGUGUGCUGAUUGCAUAUUUGAGGGCAGAGUGUACGGUCCAGGGGACAGUUUCCAUCCAGCCAAUGAUCCCUGUCAGACCUGCACAUGUGAGGUGACGCCAGAUGGAGAGCAACACUUGAAGUGUUAUAGGAAGCAAUGUCCCUGCCUGGUAGACUGUCCCAAGAGCAAUAUCUUAUUUUCCGGACCAGAUUCCUGCUGUCCCGUCUGUGCACAGCCUCUCACUAACUGUACAAGCACACUCACUGGCAAUGAGGUGUCGGCAACAGAUGACCCCUGCUUUACCUGUCAGUGCAAGGACCUGACGUGGACGUGCCUGCAACAAACAUGUCCAGAGCUCAGUUGCCCUCAUAAUGAACAGCACACUCCCCCGGAUUCAUGCUGCCCUGUGUGCAACGAAUGCGUGAUUGAGGGUCAGGGUCGGCGCAUCGCUAGCGGCGCCAGCUGGAAAGACAGCGAUGAUGAUUGUGUCACAUGUACAUGUUAUUUGGGCCACAUUGAGUGCAGCGUUGAAGAGUGCCCUGCCGCACUGUGCAGAACCGGGCAAACAUCAGUAAAGCUUCCAGGAAAAUGCUGCAACGAAUGCCAAGAUUCGAAGGAGUCUUGCUUGUACCAAGGAACCGUGUAUCACUCUGACGAACAGUGGGAGCUGGAUGAAUGUACCAGCUGUACGUGUGUGUCCGGAGACGUCCACUGUCGGAGUGAACGCUGUCCUCCUCUCACCUGCGCAGCAGAUGAGAUGCCUGCAGUCAUUCCAGGUUUGUGCUGCCCACACUGCCUUUCUCGUCCAGCUACCUGUACCGCCUUUGGGGAUCCUCACUACCGCACCUUCGAUGGGCGCAUGUUUCACUUCCAGGGGACGUGCACGUAUAUCCUGGCGAUGGAUUGUAAAGGUGAAGACUUCAGAGUUCUUGUGACAAAUGAUGAUCGCGGGCGUAAAGGAGUGUCCUGGACCAAGGAGGUGACCGUCUUAAUAGGAGAUGUCGCAGUACAGCUGCUCCAAGAAUUUGUUGUGAAGGUGAAUGAAGAGGUUAUCACUUUGCCUUUUCUAAGAGAGCCUUACAUUUAUAUAGAGCAGCAGGCCAACACUGUCCUACUCAACACUAACAUUGGAUUAAAGGUGCUGUGGAGUCCCCGCUCACACCUGGAAGUGAGCGUGCCAGGCUCCUACAGGGGCCACACUUGUGGUCUUUGUGGAAACUUCAACAAGUAUCCCCAAGAUGACCUCCAGAUGUCCACUGGCCAACUCACCCAAUCAGAGUCUGAGUUUGGCAACAGUUGGAGGAUGACGAGUGGAUCCUAUUCGGUUUCAUCUUGUCGUCCCGGCGAAGAUGUUGAUCCCUGUAAAAGUGCAGGAUACCAGGCUAGGAAAGGGGCCAACGCCCGGUGUAAAGUUCUCAAGUCUGCUGCCUUCAAGCCGUGUCACCGCGUUGUUCCACCUGAACCGUGGUACGGCGCCUGCGUCUAUGACCUGUGUGCCUGUGGGGCCAAUAGUGACGAGUGUCUGUGUGACACGCUGGAGGCCUAUGCCAGCCAGUGCAGAGAAGCAGGAGUCAACCUGCAGUGGAGGAGCACAUCACUGUGUGCUGUGGGCUGUCCUGUGGAGAGGGGCUUCGUGUUUGACGAGUGUGGUCCACCUUGCCCCGUAACAUGCUAUAAUGCUCACGUACCACUGGGGGUGAUAGAGAGCCACUGCUUUAAACCCUGCGUCCCGGGAUGCCAGUGUCCUGCUGGUCUGGUUCUCCACGACCACUACUGCAUUCAGCCAGAGAAGUGUCCCAAGGUCAUACACGACAGCGCUUCGUGAUGCUCGAACUGCUCGGUUGCAGAUCAGGGACCACUCACAUGCACAAAGGCAUGCUUUUUUUUUAAAAGAUGUAUACAUAAUGGCUUAAGAGAAAUAUGUUUUUAUAACUAGCACUGAGUAUUUAAACAGCACAUGUUGUUUCCUACUUGUAUUUUUUAAUAAAUAUGCAAAAGUGUUAUCAACCAUAAUAAAAGCACUUGUUUUACUAUGCAGGUUAAAAAUGUGCAAUGUCUGACUGUAUGUACAAAAGGCAGCAUGAUCUCAGGUUCCCUUCAUUUUAUAAUUUUCAAAUAAACUAAAUUUUAAUGUUGUCUUUGUUUCAUUUACUUUUGCAACACAAAUCAAUUUGCUGUUUAAUGAUUAAUAUUCUCCUGAUACUGCAGUUUUUAUUAUGAAAAUAUCCCAUUCAGAGAUUAGGAAUAAAAUGUACUUAUUUAUUUUUUAAGUGGUGUUCAGAGGUUGCUACAUUAACGAGGGAACCAAGCAUUGGGUUAAUGAUUGCAAAAGGGUUUAUUUGUUUCCUUCGAAAGAGAACAGACCUAAAUGUUCGUGGCAUUUCAGGCAUAUGUAGAGAAGUUGGAUGCCUACACGAGCCAAGGCUCUACAAA